AUGUGUCAGAUCUCGCUAUCCCUCUGCAUCUUCUUUGGAAAGGACAAGUGCUGUUUGUAUCCACACUCGGAUACACAUAAGACUCAAGGUUCGAGUCCUUUUGCUCCACAUACAGAUUUCGAAGUGGCCAGUAAUCAGCUCCAGGUGCUACAAACUGCAAGAGAGCUCCUCACGCAACAGCAAAGCAGCAGCCCGAAAUCUCCGAAGAUCAGUCAGCGACAGCCUCCGCCGCAGGUGCCCGCGUCGGUGGCCAUGAUGAGCCCGCAGGUGAUCACCCCCCAGCAGAUGCAGCAGCUCCUCCAGCAGCAGGUGCUCUCCCCCCAACAGCUCCAGGCGCUGCUCCAGCAACAGCAGGCAGUCAUGCUGCAGCAGCAACAUCUGCAGGAGUUUUACAAGAAACAGCAGGAACAGCUACACCUUCAGCUCUUGCAGCAAACGCACCCAGGCAAGCAGGCGAAAGAGCAACAGCAGCAGCAGCAGCAGUUGGCUGCCCAGCAGCUUGUCUUCCAGCAGCAGCUUCUCCAGGUGCAACAGCUCCAGCAGCAGCAGCAGCACCUGCUCAGCCUGCAGCGCCAAGGCCUCCUCUCGCUGCCCCCCGGCCAGCCACUGAGCCAAGCUGGUCUGAACCCGGUGGAGCUGCAGCAACUAUGGAAUGAAGUGACCAGCACCCACAGCAUGGAAGACAACGGCGUCAAGCACAGCGGGCUUGAUCUGUCUGCGGCCAACUCCUCUUCGACUACCUCCAGCACCCCUUCCAAAGGGUCGCCAUCUGUUACCCACCAUCCUGCAGCAAAUGGCCAGGCCUCUGUCCUCAACUCGAGAAGAGAAAGCUCAGCACAUGAGGAGUCUGGAGCCUCCCAUUCCCUCUACGGCCAUGGCGUAUGCAAGUGGCCCGGCUGCGAGAGCAUAUGUGAGGACUUCAGCCAGUUUCUGAAACACCUCAACAGUGAGCAUGCCCUGGACGACCGCAGCACUGCGCAGUGUCGUGUCCAGAUGCAGGUGGUGCAGCAGCUGGAGAUACAGCUCUCCAAAGAACGGGAACGCCUGCAGGCAAUGAUGGCCCACCUGCACAUGAGACCUGCGGAGCCCAAGCCUCCUGCCAAACCGCUCAACCUGGUGUCGAACGUCACCAUGACGAAAAAUCUGCCGUCCGCGUCUCCCCCGAAUGUACCUCAGGCAGCGACGACACCGACGGCGCCCGUCACCCCACUGACUCAGGUGCCCCCGGUGCUGAGCCCCGCCAGCCUGCCCAACGUGGGGUCUGUUCGAAGGCGCCAUUCAGACAAGUUCCCCAUGACAUUGUCCUCAGAGAUCGCCCCAAACUACGAGUUUUAUAAGAAUGCAGACGUUAGACCUCCAUUUACAUAUGCGACCCUCAUAAGGCAGGCCAUCAUGGAGUCACCUGACAUGCAGCUAACGCUUAAUGAAAUUUACAGCUGGUUUACGCGGACGUUCGCCUACUUCAGGCGCAACGCUGCCACCUGGAAGAACGCGGUCCGACACAACCUGAGCCUGCACAAGUGCUUUGUGCGCGUGGAGAACGUGAAGGGUGCCGUCUGGACCGUGGACGAAAUGGAGUACCAGAAGAGAAGGUCGCAGAAGAUGACAGGGAGCCCGACGCUAGUGAAGAGCUUGCCCUCCAGCUUGGGUUAUGGCACCGCGCUCAAUGCCAGCUUGCAGGCUGCGCUGGCGGAGAGCAGCUUGCCCCUGCUGGGUACUCCGGGCCUGUUGCAGCCAGCACACGAAGACCCCAACGGUUCCCUCGGCUCCCUCGGCUCUCUCGGCUCCCUCGACCACCUGGACACCAAUGGCCACAGCAGCCCCGGCUACUCGCCUCACGCCCACAUGCCUGCAAUUCACGUCAAGGAGGAGCCACUCAACUUGGACAACGAGGAUUGCCCAAUGUCAUUAGUGACAACAGCCAAUCACAGUCCGGAUCUGGAGGAGGACAGAGAGCUGGAGGAGGGGAACUUAUCAGAGGAUUUGGAAUGAGGGCUUUUUUCCCCAUCCCCAUUCAAACUGCUAGACUGCAACCCGGCACAGUCAGCUUUCACCAGGACUAUUUAUUCAGCAUGCAACGAGGAGACAGUCUGAAGGGACUCUUUACUGCUGCUCUUUGGGAACCAGGAACAACAGGCAUGAAAUGCUUGUGUGUUUCUUUUUUUCAACCCAAAAAGACAUUAACAACACCCCUUGUGAACUCGACUGGCUCUGUCAUGUACACAACAAAUGGAGAAAAUCUGGCUCGUGGACGUUAGUAAAAAGCAAAGGAGUCUCUUACGAUGCAGGAUACUAAAGGCCUCACUUUACUGCCAAAACCAGUUUUGUUCUUCAUUUUGUGGGAAAUUGGAAACACAAAGCAGCUACUAGGAGUUAGUAGAGAAUAAUUACUGGUCCACUACAACUUAUUGCUCUUCUGCCAUUUGCACAGGAGUGGUAUCAGAAAUUAGUGUCACUGCCUAUAUGUUGCUAACAUUGUUACCACACUUUCUUUUUUGUUUUCUUUAGAAUUUCAUUCACGCAUAAUUUUGGCACCAACAAAUGUAAAAUGGCAUAUGUUACCGAAGCGACCCAAAGCGUCAGACUUCUGCUGAUGUAAGGAAAAAAGUAGGAUCCAGUUCUCUUGUCUGUUAGUGCUGAGAUGUUUGAUGUUAAGCCGAGCUGUAAGCGUUCACUGCAGGCACCAUUAGGAGUACGCGCGCAUUCCAAAACUGUCCUCUUUACCUCUUCUUUUCUCUCGGAAGCUUUGUCUACCUGAAAACAGUCAAAGGCAACAGCUAGAAACCAAAGGCAAACCAUAUCAAUGGCCAAUAGCUCAGACAGAAGCUGCCGGACUCGCUGGUCGCGCCUUCUGUGACUUUAAUUAGUACCAAGGAAGCUUUCCAUGAGCUGCCUUUAGGGACCUCUGGGAUGGUUUUAUUUAGCCCUGUGCAGAGAGAAAUACCCCAGUGUGGUGUGUGGAAGGUGGGCCGACUGCAAACAAGCCAGGGGAGGGAGCGGAUGGAGACUAGUCAGGAGUAGCUGUUUGCAGAUCAUGAGGAAAACUGACCAAAA